AUGCCUGCCGUUACCAGAUCAAAGUCUCCUUGCAAGAAGGCAUCGGCCGAUCAAAAUCAAGCCUCCUCAUCCGCCGCGAGUACCUCCGCGAAUGUCGCACCGGUCGCAAACAUGCAAGCACCCGCAGAUGGAGCUCUAGCUGGUGUUAAUAAUGCAUUUUCCGAUGCCAUGGUUCCAGCCUUGGCGCCGCUCUCUCCUUCCAAGAGAAAGAGAAGCGCAAAGACUCUCAGCGAUGACGAAGGCGUUGGCGCGCAACCUUCUGAGCCUAUGAAGAGAACACGGGUCGAGAGGAGUGAUACCUCUCGUUCCCACCUAACAAGUGGUCAACCUGAUUUGGCUGCAACAACUUAUUCUCAAGUGGAGAGGGUAGUUCUUGGUCUUGAAGACACACCAGUAUUUGGCGCUACUGGUGGUGCUCCCAAGGAGGGUCUUGAUGCUGCUGCAUCAACUCCCACAUCCUCUCCAAAGUCCGUCGAAACCACGGCCGCCGCUCCAGUUUUGGACGGCGAAGAAAACGGUGCCAUGGCAAAGGCACCCAUUUCUGCGGUCUCUCCAAAGACUGGCAUCACCAAUACCUGCAAGUGUGAUGAGCUUGCUACCAAGUUGCAAGAGAUUACUGGCCUGAAGGCUGCUGUUGCAAAGGCCGAAAACGACGCUGAAGAGGCAAUAGCAAGAUCUCAAGCGAUUUUCCAGAAGAAAUUCAAGGAGGCUGUGGAAGAGACAAAUGCUAUUGAGGCCUCGGAAAAGGAGACUCGUGCGGAGUAUAACAAGAUCCGAGACGCCAUGAGAGACCAUUUACAGUCAACUCAUCGGCUCCGACGUGAGAACGAGCGACUUUCUGACCUUUAUGAAGGUCAGAAGAGAGAGAAGGAGGAACUCGCCGCGAGAAACCUGGUGCUCAGGGAGGACAUUGCACAGUAUCGUGAGGUCUUCAAUUUGAUGAAUAAACGAGUUCCUAUCCUCACCGCAGAUCAGAUCGAACUCGAGCGGACGAAGAAGCUUCUUGCGGCCGAAAAAGUGAAGAACGCGGAAUAUGAGGGUCAGUUUCAGGAGUCAGCUGAGUUUUUCGGUGCAAAUAAGGUGGUUGAGAGCAUCGAACGAGUUGAUCCAGCUCAAGGAGGUAUGUUCCACGAAAAUCAUAAUUAUGAGGAACAUGCUCAGGAAGAUCGCUCCCGUCGUUAUCGCACACCAACACCUGCUGGCACUCAAAAGUCCCAUCGAGCUUCUAGUUUAGUCGGCUUUCGGGAAUCAUCUAGGUGGGAGUGUCUUCAUGACCGUGGAUACAACGGAAAUACCUGUCGCCACUGCGGCGACCACGUUCUCGCGGAGGGACAUCCCGAGUUUGAUCGUGAGAGAUCCGUUGCCCCGGCUGAUGACUUACCACCCAAUUUUAGUGAUGAAGAAGAAGAAGAUCGCAACCGUGAAAGCGCUUCUUAUGAACCCGCAGAAGCGGUCAUCAAUAACCAGGAUGAACCUGAAAAGGUCGGUUCCCCAGUCCUCACUGGCAAUGAGGAUUAUGAAGACAACGACCAGGAGGAUGGACCUCAGGAUGACGGUGCCUCAGAUCUUUAUGAUUAUGAGCAUUAUGAGAAUGAAAAUCAACAGGAUCAUCAGGAGUCUCUUCACCCUGCUGCGGCAGUUGAAAAGACGACUUCUGCACCUUCUGAGCCCCACCCUUCUUCCUCUCCUUCUCCCUCAUCUUCCAAGAAGAGAAAGGAAAGUCCUGUCAGCGCAUCGAGCCCUGCCAAAAAUGUCGAGUCAACCGAAACUGAAUUGGCUGGUCCUAGCAGUACUGAUACACCACGUGUGAUCAUUGACUUCAAGCCUGCAAAUUCAGGCUGGGGAUCGCCAAGCGUUCUUUCCCCACAGGUUGCUGUCACUGCUCCAGCACUUUCAACUCCAUCUUCAGCAUCCUCGUUCCCGACCUUCAUCACUCGGUCCGGAGCUGCAGUUCAAUUUGGAGCUGCGACAGCCUUUGGUGCCAUUGGCACCGCUGGACCCUCUGUUCGCUUUGGAGCUACUAACUCAUUCGGAGUUCCAGCCUUAUCGGCAAAAAGCUCUUCGGUCGCUGCCUCCCCUAAGGAGGAUAAUGCUGAAGAAGACAAGCCAGCUGAUCAAAAUAAGUAA